AUGGUCUCCCUCCGACGGUAUCCGGCCGCCGUUACCGUUGCACAAGGGGCCUGUCGAGUCGAUGACUUGAUGUCAACGGCUGCUGGUCUCGAGAGAGGUUUCCCGAAUGGCCUAUUGGCAAACCCUGGUUCACGAGGGGCAUCGGUGCGCACGGACAGUAUACGCGAGCUUGACGAUUCCUCGAAGCUAAAGCGUCUGGGUCAAUUCGCCGAGACCCAGCUAUGA